UUAAAAAAAAAAAAAAAGUACACGACUCUGUAGUAUUGAGACUGUGCUUAUUAAGUAAGGGAAGGAUGGGUUAGCCCUAUGCAUGACCUCUUUCCCUAGUCUAUCCUGUUUUCCGCACUUGUAAAACAGGCAGCCUCGCCUGUUUUUGACAAAGCCAUGAGCCUUAUAGAGCUUGUGUAGUCACUCUGACACACCUUUGCAGCCUUAUCAGCGAGGGCGUGUCCCCAAGGAGCGCACAGCGACAGGAUUCACCUGAACUCACUACGCCACUACAGGAGGAGGAAAAUGGGUAAAGCAGGUGUACGUGGGGACUUUGAAUGGGCUUACGACGAGCAGCCGCACACAUGGAGAAGAAAGGAGAUUUUAGCCAAGUAUCCACAGAUCAAGGCUUUGAUGGGUCCCGAUCCCCAGCUGAAGUGGGUGGUGUCUGGAAUGGUACUCACUCAAUUUGUGGCAUGUUACUUAGUCCAUGAGUUGUCUUGGAAGUGGUUGUUUUUUUGGGCAUAUGCCUUCGGUGGCUGUAUAAACCACUCUUUGACCCUGGCCAUCCAUGACAUCUCUCACAACAUCGCAUUCGGGAACAAGCAGGUGCGCUGGAACCGGUGGUUCGCCAUGUUCGCCAAUCUUCCCAUUGGCCUACCAUACUCGGCCUCCUUCAAGAAAUACCACAUCGACCACCACCGAUACCUUGGAGGAGAUGGCCUGGACGUGGACAUCCCUACAGACAUAGAAGGCUGGUUCUUUUGUACACCUGCAAGGAAGAUACUCUGGCUCUUCCUCCAGCCUUUAUUUUAUGCACUGCGGCCUUUGGUGGUGAACCCAAAACCCGUGACCAGACUUGAGAUGAUGAAUGCAGUCAUACAGUUCGCAGCAGAUAUUCUUAUCUACUAUAUGUGGGGACUCAAACCGAUUGUGUACCUUAUCUCAGGAUCCAUUCUGUGCAUGGGCCUGCAUCCCAUCUCUGGACACUUCAUUGCCGAGCAUUACAUGUUCCUGAAGGGCCAUGAGACUUACUCGUACUAUGGCUGUCUGAAUUUAAUCACUUUCAAUGUGGGAUACCAUAUGGAGCAUCAUGAUUUCCCAAGCAUCCCUGGUAGUAAGUUACCUGAGGUGAAGAAAAUAGCAUCAGAGUAUUAUGAUUCAUUACCGCAGCACACCUCCUGGAUACGAGUUCUCUGGGACUUUGUGUUUGAUGACAGCAUUGGCCCCUACGCAAGAAUCAAAAGAGAAUACAAACUGGCCAAACAGGAAUAAGUUGUACUGUUGGUGCAUUUUUCUCACAGAGCCGCUAUUUAAACGGAAAAGAAGAAAAGCUGGACAAGCCUGCUGAACCGGUAGAAACACGUUUAAACUUUAGAGUACACUUUUUCAGGGGUUUAGAUGGUCAAUUCCAUGGAGUUGAGUUUUCAGCUACUGUUGGUUAGAAUCAGUGGCUGCUGAGAUGUUUAUAGAUAUUUUUUGUGCUAACCAGCCACUAAAAUGUCUUCUCAUCAGUGAGAAAGCAUACUGUUAUUUAGACAUGCAAAAUAUUCUUUUUUUUAUAUAGGCUGUCAUUCUAAAGCUGCAGUAUCCUGUAAUUAAUCGGUAAGUUGAAUAAUAAUCUGAGUCAUGCGUUGAAAGUGAAGGUGUGAAUCAACCUGGAUAUGAUACCAUGCAAUUGCUGAAUUAAAAAAAGCAUUGCUAAUUUAUUUGAAGCCUACAUGUAUAAGGUCUUGUGUUUUUCUUAAUGUAUGUUGGAUUCUGAGUUUUCAAAAAAAGCUGUUUGUAAUGGCCCGUAUUUAUCAAAACUGGGUAAGGUCAAAUCUUAUUACAAAGUAUUAAAAAUUCUGUAUUGCACAUAUGAAUACAUUUCCAGAUGUCAUUUGAUCUGUGUAAUCGAAGGUGGAAUUUAAAUGGUGGUGUAAUAUUUAAACAAAGCAAAGAAAGCUUUAUUUACAGCUGAAUGAGUACAAUCUAUAACGAUCAGUUACAGUAAGUACUGUGCUCAAAUCUGCUCUUAGCUGUUGAGGCAUGAACUCCCCAAGACCUCUGAAGGUGUGUUGUGGCACCAAGACACCCUAAGCAGAUUUUAUAUGCUUUGUAAAUUGUGAGGUGUGACCUCCAUGGAUCAGAUUUGUUUAUCCAGCACAUCCCAUGGAUACGUCAUCAGAUUUAGAUCUUGGGGAAAUACACAGGACAAGUAAACACAAUGAACUCGGGUUUCUUAAUGCACUAUUGACGAUAGUUAGUAAGUGUAUCAAUUACACUUACACUGUUUUAAAUAAAACAAAAUCCAAACUAAAGUCUUUUAGUAUUUAUUCAAGAUGGGAAGUUGACUCACUUUAUAAUAAAUUUCUAAAUAAAGCUUUGAUAAAUUUCUAGAACAAAUAAAAAGCGAGCACGGUACAGAGUUCACCUGACUAGCUGCAGGUCAAAUUGGAUAACAGUAUCUUUUUUUUUCUCUUUCUACCGAUCACAUUGCAAUACUGUUUUUAAUUCACUAUGAACAUGUAUUUGGAUUUAUACUGUAAUGCACUUAAUGUAAUUUGAUGGUGUGGUAUUGCAUUUUGAUUAGAUAACUGCAAUUUGUUUAAAUAUUACACUCAAAUGUAUACACGUCAGCUCAGAGAUGAGUUUGAUCAUACAUGUUUACCAAAGAUGAAACUGAUGAAUACGGAAAUUUCGCAUACACUCAUUUUAUGAUCAGAUUUGACCAUACACAACAACUGAUGAAUACUGGUCAGUGUGAGGAGUGUUAAAAAAAAAUGUAUAUCAAAUAUCGUUACAAAAAUUGUUCUUUAGAAUUAUAUAAGAUACUUUCUACAUUUUUUUUUACAUAAAAAAACUAAUAUAUAUGUAAUAUUUUAAAUUUACAAAUGAAAUAUAGUAUUAAGUGAUUUUUAUCAUCUAUUUUUAUCAGUGUGAAAAUACUUGAUAAAAUAAAUGAAACGAAUAUUUCUCUUCA